CACAUCUAUCCACUCUCAGGUUAUUACUAAUUCUCUCAAUGUUGCGGUUGCUUUGCUUCACAUUUUAGCAGCAGAUCUGAUUGUAAGGACGUAACCUCAUCACAUUAAUACUCCUGAGCGUUAAGUGCAACCACACUAUCAUUAUCCCUUCUAUCAACACGGAUGUCCAAUUUCAAGGAGAGGAUAUGUAUCAGGGCAUAAUGACCACCAACCACGGACCCCCUUCUUAUGAAGCCGGAUUUCUGCACAACGCCUCCGCAGGCACCUCUCCGGUUUAUGUGCCCACCACCCGGGUCGUCACCCCCAUGAUCCCGGCGCUGCCUUACCUGCAGACUCCCGGUGCGUCGCAGCAGAGCAGCCCGGUGUCGAGCCACUCUGCCUGGGCACCCCCGUGCACAGACUCGGUGUCCUCGUACAACCACUCCCCGGUGUCUCCGCGCUUCGCCUUCUCCACCAGCCCGCCUCUGUCCUCCGGGGUGGCCACAGCCCGGGAAACGGCCGUCUCUUACAGCAGCCCGCUAAACAUCUCUGCCAACGGGAGGGAGCACUAUGGCGCCCGGGGCCUCAGCGGGUCGUAUCACAGCCCUUACCAGGCUUACAUGAACCCGAACGUUGGUGGAACGUGGCCGGCGUCCCCCUUUGAUAGCCCGGUCCUCCACGGUCUCCAAACCGGCGCUCCUCAUUGCACAACACGGCACCCAAACAUAGACCUGUUUGAUGACUUUGCUGAGGGGCGAGAGUGUGUGAACUGCGGGGCGAUGUCGACCCCCCUCUGGAGGCGGGAUGGUACCGGCCACUACCUGUGCAAUGCCUGUGGACUGUACCAUAAGAUGAACGGCAUCAACAGACCGCUCAUCAAACCUCAAAGACGGCUGUCUGCCUCAAGGAGGGUGGGCCUGUCCUGCACCAACUGUCACACCACCACCACCACACUGUGGCGACGAAACGCAGAGGGAGAACCAGUCUGCAACGCCUGUGGCCUCUACAUGAAACUCCAUGGGGUAGCAAGACCCCUUGCUAUGAAAAAAGAGGGGAUCCAGACCCGCAAACGCAAACCUAAGAACCUCAACAAGUCCCAAACGGGGACCCCAGGCCACGAGGGGACUCCCAUCACGACAAGCAGCACUCCCCGGGCCUCCACCACCACCACCACCACCACUGAGGAGCCUCGGCAGAUAAAGACGGAGCCAGACACCCACAGCUUGUACUCACACCACGGCUCACAUGCACAAAUUUCCGCCCUGCCAGCCUACAUGACAGCUCAAAGUGGGGCCAUUCCUCUCAAGAUGUCCCCUGGGGGCCACGGUGGGUCUUCUGGCUCCAAAGCUGAGCCCUGGAACAACCUAAUCCUGGCCUAGAAGACCCACAACCUGACAUGCAUCUCAAACCAGCCUAUCUAUAGCGAGUAAACUCUUCUGAGAGAUCAGAGCGCUCUGUAUGCAGAUGUUUGUGCAGCCGACACACCGCACAGUGCCCCAAACGCAACGCUCUGGGACAAACAAGUGGUCGCCACAAAAGAAAUGGAGAUCUUAAACAGAACUGGUCAGUUACUGUACGUUUACUCACAGCAAUCGAGGGACUGAAUGGAGUUUGUUAGCAGCGCUGUGAUCAGACACAAACAACUCUUGGACUCUAAGAACUACCUGUACAUGCUGCUCUACCCUCCCAGUGAAGUUGCUUUCAAUAUUAGAUACUGUAACAUAACCCAAUCACAAAUAACGGUAAUGGUCAGACUUUAUCUCAUUUAGUUUAUUUUAUUUUAAUACUUUCUUUUCAUUUGUAUGUUAUUAUGGACAAUAUGCCUUAAAACCAUUGAAACACACAGCAUGUAAAGAGAGAGAGAGAGAGAGAGAAGUUAGCACCAUGGAGGACUUGUGUAAUAAAGGGUCAGUACACAAUAAAAAAAAACUAAACUAUACAUUUUUUUCUGAAAAGCCACAACAAUGCAAUACAGUCAAUAUAUUUUAAAACCUCAAAAGCUACAGUUCUCUACAGAGCAAACAUGUUCAGGUUACUUAAUAAUCCGUUAACCUCAAUGUGGUCGGUUUUCAGUAUUUUGUAUGUCUUAGGAUCAACUGUUCAAAAGUGAUUAGGUCUGCAGAUUAUGCAGGGUAUAAAAAAAUACGUGAAUUAAUCAAACUCCACACACAACCAUCCAGCAGCAAUAUCUAACAAUGUUAGAAAAUCUGCAAUGGGAAAAGACUUGAUUUGUGAUAUCUGUGAAAUUUCCCUUUAAAUAUUUCUUAAUUGACACUCAUUGAUUACACCGACUUAUUAUCACCGAUGCAUUAUUUCACAGUGCAUCUAAAUCUACAAAGGAAAGCUAUCCUGUAGCAUUAAACCUACUGUAACUUUAAGAGAAUUGCUCAAGAUAUCCAUCACUCCGCAGCAGUGAAAUCAUUUUUUGUAAACAUGUUCUCCCACAAAGUGCAAUAGAAAAACCUCCGUGGUUGCUUUCUUGUUUCUCGAUCAGUUGCCUUAACUGUGCGCCUUUUGAUUUAAAGUGUAAAAAAACAUGUCAGUAUUGACACCACUGUGAAAGAAAACAUGAUAAACUACCUAUUGCUAUGUUGCACGUUCUGAAUAUGGCACAUAGCUCCCUCUGCUGACACAAGAGCAGAUGUGCAUCCGUAACAAAACUGUAAUCCCUGAGGGCCUUAAAAAAAGAACAUUUCUGGUAGAUAGUAUUUAUUAUUAAAGCCCCAAACCUAACAAUCAUUUAAUUAUUGUCUGUUAGCUGACAGUUGUUAGAUUUUGUGACGGCUUAUUGUUUCAAGACUGUAUAGAUUAUUAUAAAUGCUCAAUGCUUUAAUUUGCUUGCAUUGUGACAAGCAUGGGGGGUAACUGUGGGGCAUCACCACACGUAAUUACCAACAAAUAUACGAGCAUAUAUGUGAAAACUCCACUCCAGUAUAAUUGUAAUACACCAUUUGUUAUAUCUUGUAAGUAAAGACACAAUGAGAGACGGACAUGUGUACACUAACACUACUUGAUGCCCUUCCUUAGUGUGCAACUGUAGCUCUACUGAGGAAACUGAUAAAGACCAAGCAUUUUUGACACAAAGUAAUUGCAUAUAUGAUGUAAUGGUGAUUCAUUCUACAGAAAAAAACAUACCAAACAUGUAGUCUGAUAAUGAUUUCCUCAUCAUCUUGGUGAAAUGUAGUCAUCGGGUAACUUGUGAAGCUUCUUCUGGAAACUGUAUCCUCCCAAUUUCUAAGUAUUCUUUUGUGAACCUGACAAUAUCUUUGAUAAAAAGCUGUACAGUGCAUUGAUUGAAGUUUUCAGUCAGCUUCUCCCUGAUGUUCUCAGCAUAUUUGUCCUGCACCAUCUCCUUCCAACACUGUUGAAAUGUGAGUCUUAUUUGACCUCGCAUGGCGUCAGAUACUUGUGAGCUAAAAGCGUAAUCAAAUGCAAAUGCAGGUCCUUUUUUUAAAUGUUCCUCGAAACUUUCUUUUUUGUUUGAAAGCAGAACUUGGGCAGCUUCGAUCAUUGUGUUUAGUUCCUGUGUGUGUUUAUCCUCUUCUGGUUUGCCUUCAAAAAUACUAUGCAUUUUUUUAAAGCAGCUCUUCCAAUCCUGGUCCUGCAUGGUGUUUAUCAAAGCGAAACUCGCAGAUCUCAGCUUCACAACAGAAAACAGAUUUUCACACGCAGGAUUAAUAUCAGUCUUUUCAGCUGCUUUAACAUAGCUCUCAUAGUCCUCGGUCUGAUCAAUACAGUCCACUUGGCUAAAGUUAAUAUCCCUGAACACAUUUUCUUUAUUUCCUUUGAAGCCCCAACAUUUCAUGUAACCAAUAUGAGUCUUAACUCCAUACACACUCCACCACUCCUGAGCUUUCUGAACCAAAUUCAACAUGCAAGCAUCUGUAUUUCUUGCCAAACAGGGGCUGUUCUUGGUGAAAACAUACACCUUCCAGUCCUCUGAGGCAGCCUCUGACUCCAGAAGUUCCUGGGUUUGUUUAAUAAUGAUAUCCUCGCUGUGUUCUCCCUUGUUGUACUUAGGAUAGAAAGGUCCAUACAUGAUAACCUCCUCCUGUUUCUCAAUGACAGCCCAUGAAUGCUGCUUCCCCUCUGCACCACAUUCCUCAGUCAUGUCACGGUGAAACUCCAAAAAUCUUUUGUUGAUUGAUUUGUCAAGUAAGACAUCAUCAGUGGCUUGUCUAAACUUGAGAUGCAACAACACUUUCUUUACAGAGUUGUGUGUGUCCGCCCAGGACAAUAUCUCAUCCAAGAGGCUCUCAGUAUCAAUCAGGUUUUUUGGCGCUCCAUUCACACAGUCUUCAGGUGUGCAGGGGUGACCACAGCUUGUCCUGUAACACAUGAUAUCUCACUGUAAGGCAUACAAUGGUAGGUGAAUUACAGCAACAUUGUGAUUCCUGUGAACUGGGGUGUAUUGCUUGUAAAAACAUUACUAACUAAACUAAACUAAAAUUACAAUUAUUAACAAAUAGUUUGACAUUUGGGAAAUACACUGAUUUGCUUUCUUGCAGAGAUUAAGACAAGAAGAAAGAAAACACUCAUGUUUGUCCAAAAUCUACAGCAAGUUUACUUAGCAUAAAGACUGCAAACAGGGGGAAGCACUAACCUGGCUCUGUCCAAAAGAUAACAAAACCCACCUUUUAUUUAAAAAAAUUAAAAAAGGUGAGCUAACAGGCUGUAACAUUAUUUCAUUUUUGAUGGACAUUCAUGAUCAUGUAGCUCAUUAUUGAAAUACUCUUUCCAUGGUCAUUCAUAAACCAUAUUAAUGUUUCCUAUUUGACUGAUUAAUACAAGUCUAUGAGAAAUGAACGUUGCACCAAAUAAAAUGAAUACUGUGUAGUAUGAAAAUGAGACACAUUUCAUUAAAUGCUUUCAGAAAGUU